CGCGAGGCGGGCGGAGGAUGCGAAGGAUGCAACAAGACGCACAACAUCGACGCCACGCGCCUUUGUUGCCUCCAUCCGCCAGCCAUCCGUCGCGCCGUAGCCUCGCCUCGCCUCGAAUCCGCCCAUUCCGUUCCAUCAGCAUCUGUGUAGUCCUUUGCUAACCACGCAAAACCACUUCCGCCAUCGACAUCCACCUCCUUGUUUGCCCACGACUUGUCUCGCUUCGACUUCGCCUUUUCAACCUUCUUGCACUUUGCUCCCCAUGACAACCUACUAUCGACCGGUAGCUCCAGGCGCGCCGUAUCAACAAUAUGCGACCCCGACACGCCAGCCAGGCGCGCUCCCCGCCGGAUACCAGCAAGCUCAGCAGGUGUUGAUGGCGCAGGCGCAGCAACGGCCAGUCCAUCAGCAGCCAGCACCAGCCCCACAACCGCGUCAGGCUGUCUACUACCCAGAGACGUACCCCCCGGGCCCGCUUGGCUUCUUCCUCGCCCCGCCAGGCCAGCGCACCUUUGAUCACACGCUCCAGUCGACGCCAGUCACCCAGGGCUUCUUCACGACGUACCCGUCGCGCAUGCGAACUGGUGUCACGACACUUGUGCAGCCAGAGACAGUUACUGGUGGUCCCAAGGAGCGCGAGUAUUUUCUUGCCGAGCUCGACCGCGAGCUCGCUGGCGCGCGCAGCUCGGGUCAGUCUACCCCACGGAUCGAGAGCCCCGCACCGCACCUGUCUCGGAAAUCCACGACGACGACACUGUCCGGCCGCCGAGCAGGACGCGUCAACUACGCGGAGAAGGAAGAAUCCGAAGAGGAAGAGGAGAGCAGCGAGGAGGAGAUCGGCGAGGCCGCCAGCGAUCCCGAAGACGACAACUAUGGAGAACGGAGACGCCGUCGCGACACGGGGUUGAGCGCCGACCACUUGGCGAGCAUGCGCAUCGGACGGAUCAAGAAGAAGCACUCGGAGCUGGAGCGCGGAUGGACAUGGCUUGGAGAUCGCGUGCCCGCCGAGCGCGUCAAGUCGGAGAUUGCGCGGGUGACCAAGCACAAGAUUGUGCCGGAAGAGUUACUCGCGUCCGAGGCCGAACGACCAGAGAUGCUCGUGCCGAUCACGGUCGACUAUGACGUGCCGUCGCCGACUGGGGACCAGACGGGUAUCAAGAUCAAGGACAGAUUCCUGUGGAACGCCAACGAGCCGUUCUACAAGCCCCUCGAGUUUGCGACCGUGUUCUGCGAGGACCUGGGCAUCCCGGUUCAGCACGCCGAGACGCUGGCCGAGCUCAUCCAGGCGCAGUUGGAGGAGGCGCAGAGCACCGUCGUGAUCGACCUUGGAACGGAAGACGCCACGCCUGAGGAGGUCGUGUGGUCUGAUGGCGAGGGCGAGAGCAUGGAGGUGGAUGAGAAUGGCGAGGCGACGUUUGCCGAGCCCGAUUGUCGCAUCGUCAUCAACCUCGACGUCCAGAUCAACACGCACGUCCUUCGCGACCGCAUCGAGUGGGACCUGUCAUCCAACCUGCCCCCAGCAGAGUUUGCGCGCCACUACUGCGCCGAGCUGGGUCUCACGGGCGAGGCUGUGCCGCUCGUCGCGCACGCCAUCCACGAGGAGCUCAUGAAGCACAAGCGCGAUGCGCUCGAGCUCGACCUGUUUGCGCGUACGCAUCCGCAGGAGCAGGCCAAGUGGGAGAAGUCUGGGCCGAGCGGUAUCCCUCGCACGACGCACCGCCACGGGCCAAAGGGCCUGGUCGGUGUGUGGCGUGACUGGUGGGAGCGCGACGAGUUCAGCCCUGUGCUUGUCGAGCUCACGACCGAGGAGAUGGAGCGCCGCGAGGUGGAGAGAAACCGCGAGGCGCGUCGUAUGAUGAGGACGCUGGCGACGUCGAAGCGCCGGCGAUAGGCAUAGGGUGUGGGGCGUCGUAUGCGUGGUAUAUAUGCAUAGUACGAUG